AUGUCCAACAUUUCCUUCUGGGAUCAUUUGCCGUGUUCGAUGCUGGAUGCUUACAAGAGUUUGCUACAGAAAGGAAUAGUGAUAACAAUGCAAGUACGUCUCGCUUGACUUGAGGUAGGGUACCAAUCACUAUGUUUGAAACUAUUCUAAAGAGACAGGGUGAUACAAAGCACUUCUUUUAUAUUAAAAAAUGUAGAACGAUGCCUAACAAGACCAAGUUCCUUUCUGUUUUUCACCAAACUAGAGAUUAAAGCUGGUUAGAUACGAGCUGGUUUUCGUUGACAAGUUUAAGCAUAUCAACUUUAAUUUGCUCAUGUGUAUAAGAAAAUUUUUUUAAGUUUUUCAUUGGCAUGUUUCAUGAACAGGCCGCGAUACGUACCAGUUGUGGGCAGAAUUGACAGAGCUGACACGGCAGCAAAAUAAGUGCGCAUGCUCUACAAAUGUGGCGCUUUCUAGGAGAGUCAUUCUAUUGUGAAUGAAUAGUCGGGAAGCAAACAGAAAAUCGUUUUACACCAUUUUGGAUUGAUAUUGAUGUGACCCAAGGGGAAAAUUAAAUGGAGUUUGUUCUUAUGGAAAAGUCUGAAGCAUAGGUAGCAUUAUUUUAGCCAUACUUCAACUGAAACUGAAUUAAAUUUAUUCAGACAGCUCGUUGCGUGUUCCCGUUCCUCAUCCCGCACUGUAAAAGUUGGAUUAUGAAAUCAAGCAAGAUUUUUUCUUGUUUUAAUGCCCUCUGCGAAGAAUGAGAUAUCUAGUUUUACAUCGAAAAACAAUUUACUUCAGAACUUAAAACAAGUAAUAAUUGUGCUUAAAAUAAGCAUUUCUGAAAGAUCUAUAAGUAAUAAUAAUAAUAAUAAUAAUAAUAAUAACUACUUAUAUAGCACUUAUCCAGUCCAGUUCUAAGCACUUUGCGAAGAUAGAAAAAUAAUUCGUACAUGGUAAAAAUAAUUUUUAUAAAGAUGGGUCUUAGGUUUACAUUUAAAAAGAUUUAAAUUGACAUAGAUGGGAUUUCAUCUGGUAGUUUGUUCCACAGUUCAGGGGCCAAAACAGCAAAAGCUCUAGCGACAUAUGACUUGAGAUUAGGGUUGACAGGACUCGGGCGUAGUGCUGGAGAUGACCUGAGCAUUCUUGAAGUUGGGUAACGGCGUAUCAGGUCUUGAAUAUAGAUAGGAGACUGCUGGUGAAGACCUUUGUGGGUGAGCAGAAUUACUUUGAAUUUAAUUUGCUCAGAAACUGAAAGCCAGUGGAGGUUGAAUAAAACGGGGGUGAUGUGAUUGUACGUGGGAAAGGUUGUAAUCAGUUGAGCAGCGACAUUCUGCACUGAUUGAAGCUCUUUAAUAACAUAUUUUGGGGCAUAUAGAAGAGGGUUACAAUGAUCUAACUUGAUCUAACUAACAAAGGUGUGGACUAGAGUCUCUGUAGUUUUAUUGGAUAGCAAUUUUCUUAUAGGGGAAAAGUUUUGAAGAUGAUAGUAGGCAGAUUUACAAACAGAAUUGACAUGAGGGAGCAUUGACAUGGUACUAUGAAAGACAACACCAAUAUUUCUGGAUUGUAUCAGAUCCAAAAUGAAGUGGAGGUAAGGAAUGUUGAGGGCUAUGCUUUGUGUAGAGGUAAAGAAGUUCAGUUUUGUCUUUGUUUAGUUUCAGCUUGUUUCAGGACAUCCACUUAUCAAGAUCUGAUAAGCAUUCCUUAAGUGCUUGCUUUGAAAAAAUUCACUUGAAGUAAGUCUGAAAGGUGUGUUUCACUUCAGCUGUAAUGCUAGAAAUAGGUCAACUGAUACUUAAAUCAAGGAACAAAUAUUUGGUUUAACUUUCUAAGAACAAUGCUUUGGACACUUACAAUGAGUGCAUCCAUCCAAUCAGUCCAGUGAAUGCUUCUGAAGUAUGAAUUAAGAAAAUCACUGCCAAAAAAACGUUUAUAAGCUAUCUUUUGCCCUCAGAAAAAAGGAAAAGUAACCUCAAAUUCAGUUGAAAGGUUAUUAUAUUAAACUUGGAAAACUGAAACAGACACAUAAUGAAUGAUACAUGUGUCUUUGAGUAUUCUGAAAAUGAUCUGGAUAAGCUCGAUCAAAAGUAUAUAUACUUCUGACUGAAAAUAGUGCACAUAUUUACAAACACAAUAGAGGAAUCAUUGUCUGUAAGCUUAAUUUAGACUUUACUUUGAGUAUUACUUUGAAAUUCUUGGUUCUGAGCAAGGGUACACUUUUUCUGUAGUCAAUGGCCUCGUUUCUCUUAGAGGAAGUACUACAUACUACCCAGUCGUAAUGCAGGUGGAUUCAAGGAAGGUGUGGGUGGGUCUAUGAGGAAGUGUAGACAUUGCAUGGCAAAUUUUGAAGGUAUCCAGUCCUUUUUUGAGGAACAGCACUUUCAGCUGCGGAGCUUGGAAGAGUACAUGCAACAUUUGAUGCAAAUGGAAGAUGCUGCCUCUGAGAAUCUUUGA